AUGCAAGAAAUUCGCCGGGAUUCCAUUUCAUCAAGUCCAUAGUCCAACGAUUCAAGCUCUCUCUAUAUACAUAAACAAGUCAGCCCAAUUCUCGGCCAGCAUUCUCACAUCUCGAGAGUUCGAGACAGCUCCAGCAGCAUCAUAGACAGAUUCAUUCGUCUACCGGUUCUCGGAGCAUCAGCAGUUUCCAGCAACAUUUUCUCGUCCGAUCUUCAGCAAAAACUUAAUCAUCCAUCAUGUCUGACUUCGACACGGCUGCUGAGCAGGUGAAGAACUUGAAAGGAAAACCAACCGACGAAGAAUUGUUGGACGUGUAUGGUCUAUUCAAACAAGCGACUGUUGGCGAUGUGAACACCAGCAGGCCAGGAAUGUUGGAUCUGAAGGGGAAGGCCAAAUGGGAUGCCUGGAAUAGUCGUAAGGGAAUGUCCCAGGACGAUGCAAAGAGCAAGUACGUUGACCUGGUCAAAACCCUCGUCGGCAAGUAUGGAUUGUAAUAAAUAGUUAUUCCCAUUCAAAUUACCUAUCUUUACAUCUCCAUCUAGCCAACAAAUUGUUUAUUGUUAGACUUUGAAAUCAUGUUCAGUAACUUGAGAGGAUAUAUUUUGUCAAAAUUUCAUCUGGUCAAAUAAAUUCAAGUUAAUAAAUUAUAAAUCUUUCAAUGCUGA